AUCUUUGUUUUUUUUUCGAUUAAUUUCCGUAAUCGUAAUUCGAAGUAGCGGUUGAAAGUAUAAUUUUAGAAUAAAACUAAAAGCUCUCUAAAAAUUGUAAAAAAGUCGAGAUGUCCUAAGGUGCCUAUGAUUUUGGCUAGAACGGAAGAAAGGAUAAUAACACGGCGCGGCAUGUCGCUUAGCUUCCAGCACGGUAGACUAAUAAGUGACCUUGUGACGAGGAAAAUGACAUCUCUCGGUGGCGUCGUUGCUAAUGCGAUAAAAACAAAAUUGGAGACUGCGUUACAAACAAAGCAUUUAGAGGUGAUAAAUGAGUCAUAUAUGCAUAAUGUACCCAAGGGCGCCGAAACUCAUUUCAAGGUCGUCGUUGUUUCAGAUAAAUUCGAUGGGUUACCAUUGAUUAAGAGACACCGAUUAGUAAAUGACAUAUUACAAGAAGAACUGCGCUCUGGAGUACAUGCAUUAUCAAUAGUGGCCAAAACCCCGCAGCAGUGGGAUGUAAGUGAUAAAGUUAUAGAGAGUAGCCCAAACUGUAGAGGUGGAUUUGGAAAGUGAUCUAGAUAUAAAUAUAGUUGUAAUUAUGGACCUUAUCUAUAAUGUUAAACCUUAGAAAUUGUAAAUAAAGACUUGUGGUCAAAUCAAAACAGUAGUUAAAUAAAAUCCCUUAUAGUACAAGAAACAUAUCUUUUAAGUUAAAUUUAAAAAUUGAUUAGUCUAAUGGCUCUGGUAUUGCAUCAGUUAAAAGCACAAUUAUGAGUCUUAUAUUUGUUAUAUAAAAAAAAUUGUUUAUUAAUCCUAGAUUAUUGUUUAAAAGUAAGUUCAAUAUCUUUAAGUUAACAAAAUGUAAAUUCAAGUUUAAAUUCAGUUUUGGAUCUUCCAAGUUGAUCUGUUAUUAAUGAUUGUCAGUGCAAAUUUCAAGAAUCAAAGACUACUGUCAUUUAUGAUUGUUUUUCCAAAUUGUACCUUUGAAUGCCUAGUCAUGGCAUGGUAUGUUUAUGAAGGCAAGCACACAUCUAAUGUUAAAAAUUGUUUUAAAUACUUCAUUAAGGUAUUCAAAAUAAGCUUAAAGAUGUGUUAUGUUAUCUACUGUAGUUAUAUUUUUUUCAAUUGAAACAAAUACUGUGAAUAAGUACCGAUGUAUGUUUCAAUAAUUGACCAAAUUUAUAAUACAAUCAUGUUUAUUUUAACUAAAAUUUGUAAGCAUAUGACUAAAUAAUACCAAAAUCUAUGGUUUAGUUUUUUGCACCACCUAUGUGUAUUCUGCCAUAAAUUUUUCAUAUCCAAAAAUAAAAAAAAACAAGACAC